UGGAGGAUUUGAAAUUAUUUCUGGUUUAUGGAACGUUCGAUACUUUUCUUGAAUGUUUGUUUAUUGAACAAGUGCGGAAUCGGUUCCUAAUUUUUACUGAAUAUUAUUUUAACUGGGAGAUUAUGGAACUCCGUAAUUUUUAAACAAUUUCCCUCACCGUACAGAUAAUUAAUUGACUAUCAAUCGAUUACUCUGCGCGGGGAUAAAUAGCCAGUAAAAAUGACGCACCUUCCCCGCAUAAAUAAAAUUAUUGAACAAAAAUUACAUAUUUUUUAGUAAUUUUUACUGAAAAUUUCUCUCCGCGUGAAAUAAUUUUAAAAAAUUUUAUCUGCACUAAGAACUGUCAUCUGUAUUCAUCAGUCGGGCUAUCGGCAGUCUUCCCAAUAAUUUCCCCAUCGAUUUCAGCUUCCACACAUAUAAAUAUCCCCCACCCCUCUCCCAGACACGUAAUCGGAGGCCUAUGGACCCCGAAGAGACUCUGAUGUUUUAGGUUGUUUGACUUAGCGGCCAGUGUGCGCUCUGUAAUUAUCUCGCCUGGUCUUGUAACUGCCUGCCCCAGCUGCAUUACUAUCUGAGACGAAGAGCCGCCGAACGAUAAUCCAGCAACGAAAAAAAAAAAAACGGGGGAAAAUAAAUAUGAAAUUAAGAAGAGAGACGGAAUAAAGAAACGGGAGAAGGAAAAAAAAUGUGAAUCUCGUGAUGGUUUGGUUAAAAAUACCACAAUCGUGGGGGAGAAAGAGAGAGAAACAACACCGGAGGCUACUUUUGGAUGUUGUAGUUCGUCCGAAUUCUUUUGAGUCAUCAGGGACGAGUUAUUGGUAGACAUACAAAGGAGAGUUAUUUUAACAAUAGACGAUUGUUUUGAUCGUUGAAUUUUUAGUGCCAGAACCGAUUUAUAAAGAUCUCCCGCACUUUCCUGAAUAUUAUUUAAAUAAACUUAUAAAAUCACAUCUAUUCACUCAUUUUACCUUCGUCAAUACUUUGGGUCAGGGGUGCAAGGGUUUAGCAUGCGAUGGCCCGAGUAAUUGGAUAAUUCUAAUGGUCGAACAAACAGAUAAAAAUAAAAACAGAUAAAUGAUAAUUCUUUUGAACGUGAGAUCUCGCACGCACAUUCCAUUACCCCGACGCUCGUUGCACAUAUGUACACACACACCAGUUAUAUAUUGUACUUUGAUAGAGGAAACUAGGAUCAUCUAGUUGAGAUUGCGACCAAUUCAGAGCACACGAAGUUCACCGCCAACCCUUUAUCGAUUGUACAGAAAUAUUAUUCAAAUGAAGUGUGGGUCUGCCAACAGGUGCAACGGGCUACAAAGUGUCUUGACUACCUGUGCAUACAUAUGCUUCAUACAUAAUGCUACAUGACAUAAAUAUAUUAGGCGUGGGAAGGCUCCAGGUCAACUCGCCACGGCACUUCGUGUGGAAGGGAGAAUACCUCUUUGUUCAACAAAAAGGAGUGACGGCAUCCGAUCCACACGUACGUCGGCAGAUAUACGAUCAUCGAGCCUCUCUCCAUCUCCGUCGUGCUCAAGGGGGGGGGGCGAGGAAGAGGGAAUUCAGGGGGAAAGAAUAUGGAGGAGAGGUUCAGAGGUGGCGGCGGCUGCUGAGGCUAAUCACAGGCGGACGAGAGAGCUCCCCGCCAAUUAAUACCACCGCCGGGCAACACCUCGACUGAAUAAUGCCCCUCGCACCCCUCAACAGCUUCGAUUCCUCUUCGUCUUCUUCGAGCUGCAGACUAUCGCAAAAUCGAGAGGUGCGAGGCUUCGAUGUAUCGGUAAAAAUUGAGAAAAAAAGGCGAGUGACAGUUGAGGGGCAGAUGUGCAGGAAAAUUAGUUAUUAUUUACAUAAACUUACAGGGGAGGGGAAAAUUCAUUAAAAAUUAUUUUUCUGUUCGAUAAUCUGGCAGUCAAAACAAUAUUCGUAUUUUUCUUGUGACCCUGAAUGAGCUCAAUUAAUUAUUUAAUGCUCAUAAUUAUUGCAGGAGUUCACUCAAAGUUAUAAAUAACAUGAUCAUGGUCUAGAACAAUGAUAAAGGAUUGACAAAGGAAGUUUUUCUUGAAAAAUAUAUAUUUGUUGAUUGUAAUGGAGUUCUGGGUGCAAUUAAACUCCAUAGACACAAUAAUCAUUGUAAUUUUCAAGCUUCGCAAUUCAACAAAUUGAAAAUAAGUUGAAAAUCAAUAUUUUAAUGUAUGGAAAUAACUCCGGUAAUUCAUCAAUCGUGAGAAAAAUUUCCAGUGAGGAAAAUGUAAAUUGAAUGGUGUUGGGGAUACAUUAAAAAUGAUUACCAACACUCGACUCAUCAUGUUUCGUUCGUUUUCUCUCAUUCUGCGAGCUAUUUGGGGUCUCGAGGCACUACAUGUCUAAUUGACUGUUGGGAUACUGUACACAGGUGUGUACAUUUAUAUACGGUAAAUUACUGAGCCCCGUCCAGCACAGAGAGUUCAUUGCACAGGAGGAUAUAUUAGCAGCUUCACAUAUCAAACCCGAGGAGAAAUCUGUAUUUAUUUACAUUCUAAAAUGUGUGGGGACAUUAAUGAGAUGAGACCGGCGGAUUUCGCUCCGAGCUCAGCAGAAAAAAUUAAUUUCUCACUUCAGAUACUCGAAGAGCAUCUUAUCUAGUUCAAAUAUUAUCUCAUAAUUUUUUUUCUGUUUUUCCUCUGUGGAGGUGAUUGAAUACAUCGCUCGCGAGGUUUUUCAUAAAAAUUAGAAACCCACAAUGACAUGUUGAAGAAUACGAAGGCAAAACGAGUUCGAUGCGAGACUAAACGACCAACCACAUCGGUGCACUCUCCCUGGAACCCGUCGGUAGCUUGUAAAGAAGGGGAUAUUAUCCUUCAUUGUAUACUCUCGUUUCGAUUCACCAUUCAAAGAACUUCCUGUUGUGCAAACAUCAGUUGCACCUCGAUGUAUUUAUUGUCAAUUUAUUUUUUCGAUAGAAUGUUUCACGAGUGGUUUUAGGCCGGUGGUCAUUCGGCAUUGGACAAGAUGACUUUCGAGAUGUGCAACUGAAUUUAUGAUACAUUCGAAUGUGAUAUCACUGUCGGAAUUUUUUUUAAAAUGAAAAUUGUGGAGAUUUAAAAUGAGAAGAAAAGUCUGGAAAAAAUUGUGUGGCGCAGUAAAAUCGAGGUGGAAGAUCCUCAAUUACUGGACUGUGCUUUACUCACAUGUAAAAAUUCAUAUCAAUUCAGUUGAUUUUGUAAUUAAUGACAUGUGGUUUCAGAUAAUUUACUUAAUAGCACCAUAAAAUUUGAAAGACUAUUAUUUUUUAUGUGAGAUUUAAUGAAAAAUUGAUUGAAAAUUUUUGAAAAUUUCUUUCUAGGUCAGUUUAUUUUAUUGGGUCUUGGGAUUGGUUAACGAUGAGCGCCGAAUAGACCCGAUUAUAAUAGUAAGGCAACACCAUAAUUUUUAUCGAAAUGACUAUAAAUUUCCUCCGUGAACCAUAAAUUUUUUUUUUUGUUGAUAAUGUCAAUGAAAUCAUGGAAAAAUCCAAGAAAAUUGCCUCGAUCCUAUUUGUAAACGAACAAUGUUAAACGUGGAGAAGGAAGGGCGCUCGCAACACCGAAAAAUGACGGGAAAGGUCGGGUAAGCAUCAGCCCGACACCGGCAUUCGACCCCCAAAGCAAUGGUACACAUGUACGCCCGCAUAUACUCCUCUUCCACUCGCAAUUUAUCCCGCCGCAAUUGCCAUUAUCCCUACAUGCAUUGAAACUCCUCACCCCCGAAUUUAUCACAGUAUGAGGCCCCUCGUCACCCCUCCCAUAAAAGCCCGAGGAAUAAAAAUAAAGAAAACAGGAUGAAAGUGCGGUUGCUCCACGAAUGAUAAAGUAUGAUUUUUAUUGAGUCUCCAAACCCUCGGGGUGUCUCACUGAAUGCCAAUUACACCACUGUUAUUUUUUUUUCUCGGAAUACACGAGAUGGAAUGGAAAAUUCAAACUACGAGGGAAGAAUUCUAAUGCCAAUAUGUCUUACAGUGGGACUACAAUCGCUCGGGAAACAUGUGACACUGUGUAUGGAGAAUCAUUUUCCCC